GAGAGCCGUUUGAGUCUCACACGGGUGCUCAUCUGGCAGAGCUACUAUUUCGUGUCGUGGAGGAAUUGCAGCUGUCAGGUAAAAUGUAGUGCUUGUGACUGACAAUACAUCGAACAUGAUCGUUGCAGCUCAAGUCGGAAAAUUCCCUCAUGUUAAAUGCUUCGCACAUACACUGAAUCUCGCGUCCCAGCGAGCGCCAAAAGUCGCCGCGCUCUCCAGGCUUCUGGGCAAAGUGCGACGAAUGUCAGCAUUCUUCCACCGCAGCACUAAUGUGAGCCACUGUCUGAACGAGAAACAGAAAUGUCUUGGCCUGGAAAAUCAUUAGCUGAUAACUGAUGUGACAACAAGGUGGAACAGCCCACAUGACAUGGUCGAGAUGUUCUUAGAACAACAACAACAAUCUGCAAUCUGUGCCGUCUUGCUGUCUUCAGAAGUCAGAAAAGGAGAGUCAGAUAUCUGCACUCUCAACCAAACAGAUGCGUCAAAUGCAGAGGACGCUGUGAGUGCAUUAAAGCCAAUGAAGGAUGCAACCAUGCUGAUGUCGGAAGAGCACAAUCCAAGAAAGUCUCUCAUUGUCCCUCUAAAGGCACAGCUCCUCCAGAACAUGACAGACACCAGAGGAGUCUCAGCCAUGAUCCAUGAGAUCAAGAAUGCCAUCAAAGCAGAUUUCCUGAAGAGGUACAGCAGUGAGGCAGAGAAGAAGAUCCUUCAUACAGCCUCUGCCCUGGAUCCCCAUUUUAAGGGACUGCCUUUUCUCACAGAGGAGGAGAGAUUGGAGAUAUACAGUGGAGUGACUGAGGAGGCUGCAUCCUUGGAGAUUGACAGUACACCUAAGAGGACUAACGUCGAUCAAGCGGCUGGGGGAAGAGGAACUCUGGAAGAAGAAUCACCCAUUGAGGAGAGCCUCUCUCCUCCCCCCCAAAAAAGGCCUUGCUCGCGAGUUUACUGGGACAGUCUGACAGACUGACACUGAAGGUCCAGUAGAACCCAAGACCCCCUAUGUCAAGACUGAAGAGGAAAUGGAGAAAUACUGUAAAGCCCCAUUUCUGCCUCUCACCUGAAAUAUUGGUCUUAACCCUUCCUCUAUUCAGCCACUUAAUGCAAUAACCAUCAUUGCACUGUAUGUUUUCAGCUGUGCUUCAGUGCAGCAAACUGAUGCUCAAUUUUGAAGAGUUGCUGCAUCAACAUGUUUCAUGGCGCCGUUGGGUUUACCUGUAAAACAUAUGUACAGUAAGGCUAUGACCUUAGAUAAGGAAGGACAUAACAGCCAACUCCUGAAUACCUGUGUCUUGCAGUGUCUUAAUUGCUUCUCUUUUCAAAUGGCAUUGCAUAAGUCCCUAAUAAACCUAAUGAAGGCUCUUGUUUUCCA